AACUAAUCUUCCAAGUAAUCAACCAACAUUGUUAUCCCUGGAAUCCCUGGAGUGGGGCAAAAUGUCCAGCCACCUACUUCAAAAGAAAGAUGUUGUAACAAAUGAUCAGUCUGUACUGUGUACAACUACUAAGAUCGCCAACUCUAUAUCAACUGAUCCUCCUCCUUCCUUUCACAAUAUAUGGUCAUCACUGCCUGGGCCUACUUCUGCUGUGGUCCUCUCUAAAGUUAAGCUUGAACCCUUGUUCUAAAGUUAAACUUGAACAUUUGAUGAUGAUGGAAAAGCAAGUAUGCCCCACUCUUUCCUUAUACCCCCCUCCAAUCACUCCCCUCUUCUCUGAGUAGCUUAACUUAUGGAUAGUGCAGGACUGCCCACCAGCAUUUGCCCCUGUCAGUCAGCCGGACUGCCCCCCUUCUUCUUAGCUUACCCCAUAGGUUGGUCAAACUCUUUUUCUGUCGCUCUCACAUUAGUCCUGUCUGUGUCUCCAACCUUGACCAGUUACUGACGGCUCUCCUCUCAGCUUCUUAUUGCAGUCUUAACUGAUCACACAAGUGCUGCACUGGACUAAAGGACACACUCUCUUGUUGUGGUCCCAAAUUCAAAGGGAGGACAGCCUGUUUUUCUAAGGAUAACUUUUACCUGGAAUUGGGAACAAGUGUCUGGAUCUCUGCUUGGAAUAUCUUCUCUGCACUGGACCUUGCGUAUUGGAUGCCAUUAUAAUUGGUGUCCAUUUCCUACUAGUAUUAGCAAUCUAUUUAAGUGUGGGUUCCUCUGAGUGGAUUUGAAUUUGUGAGGUUGUGUGUGUGUGGGGGACGAAUAGGCAAAGAACUGCAGUGCUGGACUCCUGCAGUGAUUCCAGGUUAAUUCCUUAUUAGUUGGCCCGGUCCUAACCGAACAUGGCAUCGUUGAGAAGUUUGAUUCUUGCUGUCCUGCUGGCGCUGCUCUGCUCCUUCCAUACCCCGUUGGCUCCCACAGCCAAGGCCCAGGAUCUGCCAUUCCGCUCUGAGCAAGGUCUGGUAGCUGAUGAUGAUGAUGAUGAUGAUGAUGACGAUGAUGAUGACGACGACGACGACGACGACGAUGACGAUGACGAUGACGAUGACGAUGAUGACGAUGACGAUGACGAUGAUGAUGAUGAUGAUGAUGACGACGACGAUGACGACGAUGAUGAUGAUGAUGACGACGAUGAUGAUGAUGACGACGAUGAUGAUGACGACGACGAUGAUGAUGACGACGAUGAUGAUGAUGACGACGACGAUGAUGACGAUGAUGAUGAUGAUGACGACGAUGAUGAUGAUGACGACGAUGAUGAUGACGACGACGAUGAUGAUGACGACGACGAUGAUGACGACGACGACGACGACGAUGACGACGAUGAUGAUGACGACGAUGAUGACGAUGAUGACGACGACGAUGAUGAUGACGACGAUGAUGACGACGAUGAUGAUGAUGAUGACGAUGAUGAUGACGAUGAUGAUGAUGAUGACGAUGAUGACGACGAUGAUGAUGAUGACGACGAUGAUGAUGACGACGACGAUGAUGAUGACGACGACGAUGAUGACGACGACGACGACGACGAUGACGACGAUGAUGAUGACGACGAUGAUGACGAUGAUGACGACGACGAUGAUGAUGACGACGAUGAUGACGACGAUGAUGAUGAUGAUGACGAUGAUGAUGACGAUGAUGAUGAUGAUGGUGCUUAUCACACAGGCUCUGUGUGCUCAUAUUGUGAAUUCUGUGAGCACUGUGACAGCUGUGACAAAUGUCCAUGUGAAGAGGGAGACAAGGCUGAACACUGUGAUGACUGCAAGAUGUGCAGUUUCUGCCAUGUGUGUCCUGUGUGCCAAAAUCUUUGCCAGCCUGGGGGGUUUCUAGAUGAAGUGACUGGAUCAAUCUAUAAGACUGUAGCUGAUGUCUUUGAUGAUGAUGAUGACGACGACAACUAAACCCAACCAUAUGUUGCCACCAUGUGGCCAAACUAAUAUGUUUCACCUUCACUUCUGAUUUUCAUAGCUAUUUUUGUCUUUUCCUUGAGAGUGUUACACAUUUGCUCACCAAUGACUGAAUAGAAAUUGUUUAAAGAAUAACUUAAUAUAUUUAUCUAUUGUUGUUAACUGACAAGUCUAAGUCAUUCUUAAAAAUGAAAAUGAAAUAUUUGAAGUCAUAUUUGGGAUAUGUUAAUAAAAAAAGGGGAAGUUUU